GCGUCGAUGUAGUAGUGGGCGAUCCCGACCCGGAUCACCCAAAGGAGUUUCUCGAUCUUCUAAUCCAUCCCUCCACCGGCUCUCCGGCGAUCCUCCAAGGUAAAACGGUUCGCCUUUACCGCGAGGUCGUACCCAAGAACGAACAAGAUGGUUGCAACGGCGAUCGCCCAAUGCUGUCCGCCAUAAUCGAAAUGGAAGGUGGGGAUGACGAAGCGGAGGACUUGGAGGCGGAGCUGCUGGACGUGAUCGAUCGCGAGUACGAGGACGAGUGGCGGUUCAUAGAGUGGGAUCGAACGUACGAAUCGUUUGCGAAGAUCUGGGAUCAGAAUCAUGACUUCGGGUAUGUGGUGUUUGCCAGUUGGCGAGCGUUCGAGCUCUCGAUGAGGUGUCUGCUGGAUCCGUAUGCGACGUAUUUGUUCGUUCUGAGCGAGGGCAGUGGGUUUGAGAUGGGGAAGUUAAGGGAGUUCAUGAAGACCGCCUGGACUCGAGAAGGAGUCUUCAAGGUUUUCUUUCUGUUGGGCGGGAAAAUCCUGACGUAUGAUCCGUUUUUGCUUGUUGGACCUAAGAAAUACGGCGCCAUGAAAGAGUUGACGAGCUCUGCCGAUAUUCCAAGCAUUCCACAGGGCAACUUCAACGGCUAUCCUAUCAACAUUGACGUAUUCCGGUCAACGUACUCGGACACCGUAGUGAACAAAGAAGGUAAAAUUGUGAACUUCAUCGGAGCGGACAUCGAAGUGGGGAAAGUGUUCAUCGAAGCGAUGAACUUCACACCUACCUACCUACCUCCAGACAAGGACCAGUUCGGCUUCAAACUACCGAACGGAAGCUUCAACGGGGUCAUCGGACGACUGAUAAGGCACGAGAGCGACAUCACCUUCGUUGGUUUCUUCAUCAAGGACUACUUCAGCCGGGAUAUUGAGUUCACCACCGGGAUCUACACGGACGAGCUGUGCUGUCUGGUGAAGAAGGCCAGCCGCGUUCCGGAGUAUCUGCUUCCGAUCACCAUCUUUCCGGCGGACUUGUGGGCACUGCUAUUCCUGACAGGGAUCAUUUUCUCGAUAGCGUGGAUCAUAAUUCGGGCGGGUAUUCAAGCCAAGUCCGGCACAGGUGUGCGCUGGAACCAGAAGCGGCGCUUGGCCCAGCUCUUCAAUCUGUCCAACGACAUCCGUGAUGCUCCGCUGUAUCGAAAAAUGGUUCAGAUAUGCGUUGAUACGUACAUUCUUCUGGUCAGUGGUCCCUACCAGCGAUUCACUCGUUCCAGUACCGAACGGUUGAUGCUCUUCGGGAUCAUUAUGGUCAGUUUGAUCUUCGUGUCCAUGUUCCAGUCCAGUUUAUCCUCCGUAUUCUUGAACCCUGUCUACUACAAAGACAUCGACAGCCUUCAACGGUUGGACGAAUCCGGCAUCCAGAUUCCCGUCAAAUACAAAGGUUUCACGGACGACGUCUUCCCGGCCAAUUACAGUCCGAUGAUGGACUCGCUCCGAAGCAAGAUGAUCUACAACCCGAUCAAGACAUCGAUGAUGGAUCAGGUGGCACAUUCGACGAAGAUCGCCACCGUCACUCGCAGAACCACCCUCUCGCUGGACAACGCCGUGUUCAUAUCGACCAAGCAGCUGUUCAUGGUGCCGGAGUGUCCACGGUUGUACAAUCUGGCGUAUGUGGUUCCCCGCCACUCCGUUCUGCUAGAAGCCAUCAACAUACUGAUCCUGCAGAUGUUGAACGGUGGCCUGAUCAACCACUGGAUCGAUGUGAUGAACUUCAACGUGACGAUCCGGGACUGGGAGCAGAUUCGAAGCUCUCAUGAGGAAAGCUUUAAGAUCCUAACUCUGAUCGAUAUGCAGUUUCCGUUUUACCUUCUAGCCAUAGGGUUAGUUUUGAGUGGUGUGAUUUUCGUGAUUGAACUGGUAUACUACAGGAUUUCCAUGAUAUCGGCCUUGAAGCGACAACGCAGGAGGGCUAAACCGAUGGCUCCGCGAUUGUUGAGGGUAUUGGACAGUAAGAGUAAAAUGGUGGCCUAAGUUAUAUAGACAUUUUUGAAAUUCAUCACGCGUUAACUACACGAAUACAGUUUGAGUACUUACACUGUAGAUUACCUUUUGAAUUUAUUAACUUGUAGUCGCUUAAGAAAUGUUUGCUAUAAUUACAUGCAUAUCUGACACUAUACAAUAAUAUACCAAUUCAGUGACUUUAAGUAGCUUAUAGUAUCUUAAAAGCAUAAUUAAAAAUAAGAUCAAUGAUCA